CCGCACCGCUCUCGUUCUCUCUCUCACCGUUACUGUGCUUGUACUCCACCGAAGAAAGAAUCCCUCUCCAAGCCUGCACGAAGAAACCCUAGUAAGGAAAGGGAAAAGAGAACCCUCCUUCAAGCUUCAGCUUGAGAUUGCGGCAAAAUCAUUGAAUGAGUUCUUUUUAGGGGAUAUAAUUAGCUAUCAGCUACAGGGGUGUUAUCUGAGUGCUUUGUCUCUUUGUGGGUUCGUUAAUUCUGAAAUUGGACAGCCUACGCAAUUCCAGAGAAUUGUCUUCAAAUAUAAUCACCAUGCUGAGACAAGCAUCUAGCAGAAGUCAGAGGAACAAAGGACUUAAGGUGAGAAAUGUUCUUCAGAUUUGUCUCUUGGUUGCUGUGUGCUUCUGGUUGCUUUAUCAGAUGAAGCACACUUAUGAUAAGAAAAAGGCGUCUAGUGAGCAAAACACAAGGGUUUUAAAUGAUGUGGUCGACAGCCAGUCAGAUUUUAUGGACCCUGGAAGGAAGGGCCUCCCCCACAACAAAGCAAUUCCUGGGGAUAAGAUUCAUAUCAAGGAGGAAGAAAAUGAAGAAGUCGAGGAAGAAGAAGAUGGGGAAACUCAACAAGCCAUGGAGGAUGAAGAAGCCAAAGGGAUUGGAGAUGAUGUGAUCGAUGAGCAAGAUAGUGAGCAAGGCGAUGAGCAGGAUGAUCAGGAGAGACCAGAUGAGGAAGUUGAGGAUGGAGAAGACAAGAAUGAUCAAGUUGAGGAAGGAGAGUUCAUAGAAGACCAAGAACAUGAAGAGGGUUCUUCUCAAGAGGCACAUGAAAAAAUUUACAAAAGUGACGAUGCUUCCAGUGCUGUGUUCCAAGAAAACCAAGUGACUGAAACAGAAGAUAAAAUAGACAGAAAAAUUGACACCGUGGAAGAAGAGCAACUGCGAAACAAUGAGAAUGAUACGGAGACAAAAGAUACUAUUGGCAGAAUGGAUGAUGGUCCCAUGGGUAAUAAUGAUGUGAACCUGACUGUAUUAGCUGCCAUAGGGAAUGAGACCAUUCAGAACAAUAGCCUAACCGUAAACAAGGAUACUGCUGAAAAAACUGUGGAAGAGCUUUCUCCUAACAGUCAAACAAAGCUUCAGGUCAACUCUACAAUAGCAAGGGUAUCUGAUAAUCAAUUGAAGCUGGAGACUGAUUCACCAAUAGCUGUUUCUAGCAAUGAAACUGAAGGUAAAGCUAAUAUUGUGCAUGUUGAGAAUGGAGCUCAUAGCUCGAGGCUGGUUGAGGAUCACAACACUACAAUUGCAUUGGGAAGUCCAAAAGAAGAUAACUCCAACGUGAAAAGUGUGGUUGAGGAACAACUUAAGAAGUCUAACACAACCAUUGGAGAUAAUAGUGUGGAAGAGCUGUCCAAUGUUUCUCUAGCUACAAAUGAAAAUCGAGGUGCAGAUGAGGGAGACUUGGCUGGUUCUUCACAUAGGAUGGUGACAGAAGAAGAAAGAGAUGCUCGAACAGAUCUGUCAACCUUACCUGACAUCCAAAAUGAUAUAAAGAACAUAGAAGGCGAUGCUGCAGAGUAGUGUUCAUUUGGAAGGCAAAAGUUCCACUUUUUGAAUGUAAAAGAUACAGCUUAUUGGAGUGGUCUUUCUUUCUAUAUGUUUUGCAUCCUCGGGUUUGCAUUUGCCAUCUUCUUCUUUGAUGACGUUUUGGGUUUGUGCCAAGCAUUCCCAAUACCAUGAUGUUUAAAUGGGAUUCAAAUGUUAAUGGAAGAGUAGCUUCAUAGA